GCAGAAGCGACCUACACUCUCUUGCAAUACGCAUCAAUCCAUGGUUGGCACAGUAGGCUGAAGAGCGUCAUUCCCGAAGUAAAGUUUUGUGUAACCUUCAUGAGCUCGUCACAGCUGCAGCAAGGCUCUUCGUCCAAGGAAUAUGCCACGUUCCUCAAGGUGCCACUAGCGUCGCCCAGAGUACACCGUCACCAGUCCGCAUCGCUGCUGUCGAGACUCUUCUUCUCGUACGCAGACGAUAUGAUGCAAAUUGGUAACAUGCGGCAACUGGAUCAGGACGACCUGCUGGUGCUAGAUGACGACAGUCGCUCGGACGUCGCUUACGCCUUCUUUAAGCGGCACUACCACCGCCAAAGCCAGUCUAUCGUCCGAGCUAUCAUACACGGCUACGGGUGGAAGUUCCUGCUCUGUGGGCUGGUAUCGGCGUUCACGACGGCCUGCAUUCUGUUAGCACCCGUUGUGUUGCACCACGUGAUCGACACUUUCGCUACACCGGAGAUGGAUCUGACCAGUCUCGGGGCGUGGCUAGCAGCCUUUUUCACCUCUCGUCUCGCCAACGCUCUGGUGACACCACAUGUAGAUUUUCAGACCCAGUUGAUGGUAUUUCACAUUGCAGUAUCAUUGCGAGCGCUGCUGUUCGAGAAGACCAUGCGACGUAGCAUUCAGAGCCGUAGUGAUGACAAGGCUGUGGACGUUGCUAACAUCUACUCUUCGGACAUCCAGCGGGUGAUCCAGUGUGCGAACGAGAUCAACACGCUGUGGAUUUUACCCAUCCAGAUCGGUGUUGUUGUCUACAUGUUGUAUGUAGUUCUAGGUGUCUCAGCGUUUGCUGGGCUUGUCGUCAUCGCACUGUCGAUGCUGGUUGCUUUCUUCUUCACAAAACAGACGAGCGGGUCGUACAAAGAGUUGAUGAAACACAAAGAUGACCGCAUGAAACUCGUCAAAGAGGCGUUCGGAGCGAUCCAGAUAGUCAAGUUGAACGCAUGGGAAGGGAAGUUUGAAGCGAAAUUGCUCACUCUUCGUGAGUUAGAGCUCGUAUCGCUUUCACGAUUCGUGUACGCCAUGUGUGGAACGAUCUUCGUGUUGUGGACGUCGCCGCUAUUCGUCUCGACUGUCUCUUUUGCUUUCUACACUCUGGUGAUGAACCAGGUACUAACAGCUGCAAAGGUAUUCACUGCCAUUGCUCUGUUUAAUCUACUUCGAGAUCCACUGCGCGAGUUCCCUAGUAUCAUCCAAAAGUGCCUUCAAGCUAAGAUUUCUCUGGAUCGGAUGGCAGACUAUCUCGCUCUUCACGAAGUUGAUCCAUCCAACGUGACUCAAAAUGAUCCCUCCAUUCCAGAUGAUGCUGCGAUCGUGGUUGAGCACGGAACAUUUGCGUGGAAUGAAGAUGCGAGUACAGUUUUGGCGGAUGUGAGCUUGAUAGUAGAGAAAGGUGAUUUGGUCGUCAUUCACGGACCUGUCGGCUCUGGCAAGUCUUCGCUGUGCUCUGCCUUACUAGGCGAGAUGGAGAAAAUCGACGGAAAGGUGUAUGUAAACGGUAAAGUGGCAUACUACUCACAGCAGCCGUGGAUCCAGAAUAUGACCAUCCGAGAAAACAUCCUCUUUGGACAUGCCUUCGACCACAACAAGUACCAGAAUGUGCUGGAUGUCUGUGGCCUUCUCCCCGACCUGCAGCAAUUUCCCGGCGGUGAUGCAACUGAGAUCGGUCAAAAGGGAAUCAACCUGUCGGGUGGUCAGAAGGCUCGUGUGAGUCUGGCACGCGCCUGCUACUCCGACGCAGAUAUUUUCAUCUUGGAUUCACCUCUCGCAGCAGUGGACGCUGUGGUUCAAAGCGAGAUCUUCAGCAAGUGUAUCUGUGGGCUGCUAGCAGAGAAGACGGUGGUUCUUGUCACUCAUAACCAGGACGUUGUCGAGUCUGGCGUAGGGAGUUGCAAGGUAUCAAUGUCAGAAGGUCAAGUUUCUGUCGAGCGGCAAGAGGUUCCACUCCCUCGAACAUAUUUUUCGACGCAGAUAUCACCUGAUAAGAUGGAGAACGAGCCAAGAGCUACCAAGCAUGAUGAUGAUAGUUUGAAGGACACCGCUCGUCUGAUCGAAGAUGAAGAACGCGAGGAAGGUCGAGUGUCGGCGACGGUGUUUUGGCACUACUUCGACGCAAUGGGAGGACUAAAAGUGUUGUUGCUGCUGCUGCUGAUCCAGUCAUUGUGGCAGGGAUGCCAAGUCGGGAGUGAUCUGUGGCUCAGUCACUGGACUGGUCAGAAGGGCAACACGUACGAUGCCUCACGAACGCAGUAUAUCAUGACAGUCUACGCAUUAUUGGGCGGAGGCAGUGCUUUGAUGGUGCUCGCACGUGCUGUGACGACGGCUACUGCUGGACUCCGUGCUUCUCGCGAACUAUUUCAUCUGCUUACACAUGCGUUGUUGUAUGCACCAUUAAGAUUCUUCGACGCCAACCCGAUCGGCCGGAUUCUGAAUCGGUUUGGAGGAGACAUUACUGCAGUGGAAAUCGACAUUCCAUUGGACAUCGGAAGUCUAUUGGUGGCAGGCUUCUUCACAUUUUGCCAGCUUGCGACGGCCAUCUACAUUGUGAAAAUAUUGGUUGUGUUCAUUAUCCCACUCGCGUAUCUCUAUGUCAAGUUCGCAAAGUUUUACUUGAUGCCGUCUCGAGAGAUUUCACGGUUGCUGAAAGUGGCGUCUUCUCCAGUUCUCAGUCACAUCUCACAAGCCGAAGAAGGCGUUACUACGAUCCGAGCUUUUGGGCCGGAAUGUGUGGAUCAAACGAUUGCUAAGAACUUUUCACGUAAUGAUGUGAAUGCUCGCGCUUGGUUUUGCGAUUUUGUGGUAUUGACGUGGUUUCAACUUCGCAUGAAGCUCAUCGGCUGUGGUGUUGUGAUUGCUGUGGUGUCAUGUCUGGUCUACCUUCGAGACUAUCUAUCACCGGGGCUUGUUGGUGUUGCGUUUACUUACGCAUUGAGCAUUGACA